UGUUGCAUCAUACAAGAAAGACUUCCUAGUACAGAUUACUGUACUUGGCCAAUAAAGUGAAUUAUGACUUUCUGCCUAUCAGAGUCCAAUCUUAUCAGAAACCAACUACUGAAAAUAUGCUGUCCAUCAGAGUUUACUUGCACUAGGCAAAUAUAGGAUCACCACAUUGUUUUAAAAAAAAAAAAAUACACAAUUUAUGUGCAAACUUAACAAAUGCAAUGAAAAGAACUAGAGGUAAAACUAUUACUGGACUGUCCCACCCAGUUUUAAAUUCUUAAAAUGUGCACAAAGAAGGUUCCUGGUGCUAAAAGCUAUUCCCACAAGAUCAACCCAUAUUCUGAACCUGUAUUGCCAAGUGAGAAUGAUGUAAUAACAUUCGGUUUUCAAGUUAAGCGUUCAUCAAUCCAUUGAUCCAUUUUUGCUGCUAGCUAUUUAAUUGCAGAUGCACAGGGACCUGGAACCUAUCACAUUGUGAGGCAGAGUCCAUUACUAAUACACUGAUGUCUAUGUCAGAUUGUACUGUAUGACAGCAGAAAUGAGACAACUAAUUACAUUAACACACUAAUUCAAUUUUGGCGAUGGAUACUGAGCAUGAAAUUAGUUGAGGCUACAUAAAAUCAGCAAUGGUGGUCCUUCAAGGGUGAGCUUGGCAACGUCUUCUGUACACAUUAAGUAGUGUGGGUAAUCUUCAUGUAGUUUCAAAUCCUAUGAUUGGUCAAAGCAUUUAAAUAUUUAACUGCUUUCUUAAAAUAUAGAAUAAAACACUUCUGUGUAUCGUUCAGUCUACAAGGAGAAUAUCGAUCAUAAAUCCCAAGGUGUUUAGAUAAAAACAAGAUUAAUGAACACAGUUUGACAAAGUGCUCCUUGAGGGCUAGAAUCAGCCACUACUGACCUAACUUGAAUUCAAGUUAAAAUAUUUUCUGCUAAAAGUAUUUAUUUUUGCAGGUACAUAAAUAACUGUUUGCUGAGUAUGAAGAAACUGCAUGAAUGGGCUACUGGUCAUUGUACAACAUAACUUUUUAGGAUGAGAAAGGACUUUUUGAAUAUCAAAUUCUAAUUAGUGACAUAUCAAGUGAUUGUAAUUUGAGAGCUAAUGAAUGCUACUGUGCCCACUAAUUAAUUAUGGUUAUCCGACCCCUUAGCUUUAAAUUACACAUGUAUUGACUCUCUUCUGUAGUAAUUUAGUUAGAGAUCAGUCACAGUUAAAUGGCAAGGGUGCUAAUCUGCUAAGUGUUACAAUGUCUGUUGCAGGAAUGCUAAAGUCACACGUGUUCCUUCCUCCAAACUCUGCAAACUUCUAGUUAUAAACUGCUUUGCUACGGUAUGUAUUUUUUCUUUGUAAGCAUUUAUAAAUAGUUCUUAUGAUGCUUAAAUAUUUCUUAGAAUGUACAAGUGAGUUUGUGAAUAUUUUAGCAGCUGUAAUAAUUUUAGCUAAACUUUGCAGAAAAAAGUGGAAAGGAACAAUGAUGAAAAUAUUGUUUGUAUUGAUCACAUGAAAAAGAUUCAAGUACAAUAAUAUUGUUGAAAUGUUCUUUUUUUUAGUAGAAUACAUUUUCAAAAUAUAUCAUCUUCUAAUUAAACCAUGUGUUAAUUUAAUGUUGUCAAUACUGAAGUUUACUUGCAUGAUUUUUUUUAGUUAUUCGCUGUUAUCUUCCUGAAAUGCCUUCAACAAAAUCAAAUCAGAAAAAAUCAAACCAGAAUAACCCUGAUGUUUUGAAACUACUGGAAAAAUACAAGAAGGAAAGAGAUGAGGCCUUUCAAAAAGAAGAGUCACUCAGAGACAAAAUGAAGCUUUCUGAAAUUAUAACAAGGACUCAUGCUGAAAGUCUUAAACAUAAAGUUCGAGAUCUCACUGUAGAAAACAAAGAUCUGCGUAGAACAGUGAAACGACUAAGAAUUGAAAUGGGACUUGAAUAUGACCCUAAAUUUAAGGGAAAAACAACUAAGGAUAUCAUUGGCAUGCUGCGGGAAAAAGAACAGCAGAGCAGUCAUCUGUCUGAGGAAAACGGCAGUUUAAACCAUCAAAUCAAUCAGCUUACAACUGCAUUAAACUCAAGUGUGCUAGCUAGAAGAACACUGGAAGAGCAACUGUCUUCUGUUCAAUAUGAAAUGAAGGAGUUAACAAAGAAGUACGGUCGUUUGCUAAAACUGUGGGAAGACACAAAAGUGCAAAGGCAUGAGCGGGUACUCAUGACUAAUUUCCCAGGGAUAACCCCAAAAAGUUCACCUAAAGAGGUCUGUGACAAAUCUGUGCAGACAGUAACCUCCAUUUCUCAGUACCAGAGGUUUCCAAGGACAAGCUCCUGGGAGCUUGUUCAGUUCCAAGGUGAAUCAGAGAAACUGAAGAAAAAAUUCCAAGACACAUUAGGGAAAACUGGGGCACCUAAACCUCAUACUAAAAGUGAAAACAACCUUUAUUCAACUUCUAGUACAGUUAAGAUCACCUACAGAAGUCUUCAUAACUGAGCUAGGGUGACUAUACUGCCUCUGUAGCUCCUCUUACAGAAACUAAAGACUAAAUAUGGACAAAGCAUGGAGUGCUAAUGUUAACAAACUUUGUUUGGAUCUGUCAAGCGUUCACGUUUCUUUUUCUUCCACUGUUCUGUAAAAUAAAUGUAAUAUAAGAUGGGCCAUCCUCAUCUGUUCAUGAAUAAAUAAAUAAAUGUAAUUUAAUGACUAAUGAACUACUUCUGCCUAGUGCAUCUGAUGGAAACAGAACUGAGUAAAACAUUGUAGAGUAAACAAGCUUCCUGCUUUGCAUACAUUGCUGAAGUUAUUUAAUCAAGUUCAGGGUUAGCAGGGACCAGACCUGAAGAGUGAAGUAAACCAACAACCUAUAAGCAUUAUAUAUAUCACAUUAAUACAGUAAUUUACAAGCAGAAAUCUGUAGUACAAUUGUUUAUACACACACACAAACAUACUUUUGGCUUAUUUCCUGCCUUGUACCAUAGGCUCUAUCCCCUAUGAUCUGGACCUAUCCUGAGCAGAAUCAGUAAUGGGUAGAUGGAUGGCAAUAG